CAACAACUUUACAUUUAAUUGAAAAAGAAAAAAACAAGCUAAAAACCAAGAAGCCGACCCGAGGCAUUGAGUUGAGAGAGCGAUAUUCGUACCAAAUCUCUAGUUUCUGACUUGAGCGAAAGUAGAAGAGAAGAGAAGAAGAAGAUGGAGAAGGGAAAGGGAGUGAUGGGAGCAGGUCGAAGAUGGGCCGUUGACUUGACUGACAACUCAACCUCCCCUUCUUCCCGCGACGUCCCUGAUCCUCCUGGCUUCUCUCGCACGUCCCUCGAACAGGACGAUUCAACUGUGAGUCGCCAGAAGAAGGAUGCCGAAUCUACUUGGAAAGCUCAGAAAGCUUGGGAAGUUGCGCAGGCCCCAUUCAAGAAUUUGCUAAUGAUGGGCUUCAUGAUGUGGAUGGCUGGAAGUACAGUGCAUUUGUUUAGCAUUGGAAUCACAUUUUCUGCUCUUUGGCAGCCCAUAAGUGCCUUACAGGGUGUAGGAAAGGUUUUUGAGCCCUACAAGGACAGCAAAGUAGAUCUUAUUGCCCCAAAGUUGCUAUUCAUUGCCCUUAAUUUGGGGGGUUUAGCACUGGGUGUUUGGAAGCUUAACACUUUGGGGUUGCUUCCUACACAUGCAUCUGAUUGGGUUUCAUCCUUACCCCCUGCUCAGGAGGUUGAGUACUCAGGUGGUGGCAUUCCUCUAUAUUGACGCCAAUGUUGGGUUUUGACGGCUGCCAAUCUCAAGAUAAAAAGAUGAAUGGCAUUUGCAGAUGCAGGAUGAGAUCCUGUUGCUGUUUACUGGCAAACGACGCAUAGCUGGUCUUGAUAAUGUGAUUCUUUCGAGUUCUGAAUGAUAUAACUAAAUUUUGUGGCCGUAGACACUGAGCUUGUAGUACUUGUUCUAGUGACUCAAUGGAUUAUCAUGAAAUCUAUAUUUUAACACUUUAAUUUUGCUAGCA